GACACUUACAAUAACAAUCUGAGCCUGUCAGUGACAAAACAUGUGCAACUUUAAAACAGAAUAAAAAAUAACGACAGAAUUAAAGUCACUGUGACAAAAUAACAAAUAUGUUGCCGUCCAAAUAAACACAGAGCUUGUGAAUGUAUAUGUACAUGUCUGUCUAUCUCUUUCUCUACCUGCCUCGUCCUCCACUCUGACCCUCACACACACACACAUACACACACACACACACACACACACACACACACACACUGGUGUCAACAGGCCACAAUCUGGUCAAACCUCAAUUUGCAUCCAGAAAAGCCACUUCCACGACGGCAGUCUGACCUAAACCCACAUCCUGAAGCUCUUUCCUUCUCUCAUUUCUCCUCUUUCUCUCCGUGUCUCCAUCUAUUCAAACGACACACAGCCCCCCUCGUGGUCUCGCCGCUCCCCCUGCUUAUCUGCGCUGCGAUUGGCUGUUUGCAGCCAUCAGUCACACAGGUUUCUAUGGCUUCAAACAGUCUGUUCAGCAGCAGCAGCCCCAUGCUGUACUGGGAGCCUGUGGUGAAGCGUCGGCCAACACCGUCUCCCGCCAACCGCCAACUGGACGACCAGGAGGUGAGGUCCCUCCACCAGCGCAGCACGGCGCCACCCAGAGGCCUAGUACAGACAGACAGCCCCAACUUCCUGUGCAGCAGCCUGCCGCAGCACUGGAGGUGUAACAAGACCCUGCCGAGAGCCUUCACGGUGGUUGCCGUGGGCAACGACGUGCCAGACGGUGUGGUGGUCACGGUGAUGGCCGGCAAUGACGACAACUGCAGCGCCGAGCUUCGCAACGCCACAGCGACCAUGAAGCAAGGAUACGCCCACUUCAACGACCUCCGCUUCAUAGGUCGCAGCGGCAGAGGUAAGAGUUUCACACUCUCCAUCAACGUGCUGACCUCGCCACCUCAGAUCGCCACCUUACACAGAGCCAUCAAGGUCACUGUGGACGGACAGCGGCUGCCAAGACGACAGAGACAGAAGGAGGUGAAGUCAGGAGUGUUCAGGUCGUCCUGCAGCAGCUCUGCAUCCUCAGACUGUCGAUCCUUCACCUCCUCUCUGUGGACCAAUGAGCCGCCGUUCCUGGGUCAGGUGACCUCUCUGACCUCCUCCUUCACCCCAGGUCCCAGAAUGCACCACCUGCCUCCUCUCUCCUACUCCGCCCAGCCGACACCGUACAGUUCAUACCUGUCCUCUCCUCCUCCUCCCCCUCCGCUGAGCCACAAUGGUCCCUUCCAAGCAGGCAGCUUCUACUACGGACCGAACCAACCGCUCCAAAACAUGGGGGAAGACCGCAGUGUCGUCACAGCGCUGACCAAUUAUAUUGAAGGGGCGUGUCUUUCUAUAAGAGGGGAGGAGCCUGUCUGGAGGCCUUAUUGA